UAAUUUUCCCUUCCUCUUCAAAAUGGCUCAUAAACACAGAAUUUAAAAUGCCAAAUAGCAAGCCCACGACUCCAUUUUCUGGAGAAAUGGAACGCAAAGAUAAUCAAUCUCCUCAAGGUGAAGUUGCUGGGAUUUUGGUUGAAUUCUUGGAGGUAGCUAUCACUUCAGUCGUUUACCUCAAAGGAAUUUAUCCUUCCGGUGCUUUCGAGAGAAGAAGGUAUAUGAAUGUUGUCGUACAAAGGGCUCGACAUCCCCAGCUAAGAGAAUAUAUCCAUUCCGCUGUUUCGGGACUUCUUCCUUCCAUCCAAAAGGGUUUGGUGGAGAGAGUCGCAGUUACUUUUUUCAACACAGACAACAUUCCCAUGGAGAGGUUUAUCUUCAAACUAAUGGUUAAUCAAUCUUUUGGCUCAAAAGUGGAAGAAAGCGAUCUAGAAUUCUCUCUUCGAUCAUUCUUGAUCAAACUUUCGGUUUCCCAACCCCUUACAACAGUUCUUCCCCGUGAUUGCAGAUGGGAGAUCAUGGCUUACUUCCGGUCGCUCCCUCAGGUUAGUACGAGCAAGGAUGCGGAAAUGUGGAUCCCAACUGACACAAAACAAUGGCAACAACCUCCAUUAAUAACACCGAUCAAGUCGAUGAACAGUGAACCUCUGGGUUUGCAGUUAUACUUGGAACACCCUAGCCCAGCUGAACAGGUUUCUGGGUAAACUGGUGUGAGUUUUGGGACAUUAUGUUGUUUAUGUUAAUAUACACUUCAAAAAUGGAGUGGGGUGACCUCAAAACUUUUGGAAUGAGGAAGAAGUAGGUAAACUACCAUGGAGGUCCCUAUACUAGGAGUGAGAUUGUAUUUUACUUUCUCUACUCAAAAAAUGGACAAAUUAGUUCAGUACGUUAAAUUAUAGAGGAGAUUGAUCUUUUUGUUAAAAAUUCCUUCCAUUUCUACAAUUACAAAUUUGUCCAUAUACAUCAACAUGAGCUAUAUAUGGUACAUCAUGUGUCACUGUCUGAUUAUUUCGUCAAUUAAGUCAAUUUUUAACAAUAUAAUGGAAGGAAUUUUUAACAGAAAUGACUAAUUUAUUUUUUAAUUUAAUGUACGGGGGCUAGAUUGCUCAUUUUUUGAGUAAAGGGGACAAAAUACAAUUUAACUUUUAGUACAGGAGCCUCCAUAAUACUAAUACUUUUAUCGAAGAAGAAUGGGCUUUUAAGAAUGGAAAUGAGGUGGUCAACAUAUGUUAUCUUUUAAGAGAGAUUGACAAUAGGGCUGUAAAUGUAGAUAGUGAUCUAUAAUGUACCAUUUUAUUUACAUUAAUAAAUAGUUUGAUUUCAUAUGUGUA